AUGACGAUGAUCGAGAAGUGGAAAUAUCUUCCAGAGGGGAUUCUGAUGGACAUCCUGACAUGGUUACCAGUUAAAUCCGUCGUGAGAUUCAGUCUCAUCCUUACAAAACAAGAUCCAACCAAAUUCUAUUCAGGAUUACGAAGUGAACCUUAUUCUGCUUCAUUUCCUUGCCUUGAUUACAACAUUUCUGGAGAUGAUGUUACAUUUGAUAUGUCUAUUGAGUAUCGCUGUCCAUUUCAUUACUGGAAAUGUUAUAUUCAUAUCCUUGGUAUUUAUAAUGGAUUGAUUUGCCUCUUGUCUGAUCCUGAAUUGUUAUGCAUUUGGAACCCAAUCACUAACGAGUAUAAGAAAUUACCAAAAAUUCCAGAUUUAGUUCCACAAAUGCCAGAUUUAGAACCAGUAGUUGAUGUUGACACAUUUGGGUUUGGUUAUGAUUGCAUGAAUGGUGAUUAUAAGGUAGUGAAAAUCCUUGCACCUGGGACUCUGGGAGAGGGAGGGGUUCUAAAGUUUGGAUUUAUACUUUAG